AUGAGUGAUGUUGAACCUAGCUCGUAUGCGGAAGCGGUUAAGCAUCAACAUUGGCAAAAUGCUAUGGCUAAUGAGAUUCAGGCUCUUGAACAAAACAGUACAUGGUCUAUUACUACUUUGCCUCCAAACAAAAAUCCAAUUGGUUGUCGUUGGGUUUAUAAGAUAAAAAGGCGAUCAGAUGGAAGUAUUGAACGCUACAAAGCCAGACUUGUUGCUAAAGGGUACACUCAACUAGAGGGAUGGUACUUAUAUCAAAUGGAUGUGAGUAAUGCAUUUCUACAUGGAGACUUACAUGAGGAAAUAUACAUGACCAUUCCUCCAGGCCUUCUGCGUGAGGGGGAGUAUUCAAGUAAUGAAAAACAAUUUAUUGUUAUUCUUGUUUAUGUUGAUGAUCUUAUCAUUGCAGGAAAUGAUGAACCAGGAAUUGCUUCGGUUAAACAAUAUUUACAUUCGAAAUUUCACAUUAAGGACUUAGGAAUACUUAAGUAUUUUCUUGGUAUAGAAGUUGCAAGAGCGCCAUCGGGAAUAUUUCUAAGUCAAAGAAAAUAUAUCGUGGAAAUUUUAAAGGAUGCAGGUUUGAUGGGAGCCAAGCCUAUGGACUUUCCAAUGGAGCAAAAAUUGCGAUUAACUCCAAAUGAUGGUAUUCCACUGAAAGAUCCAGCUAAAUACAGGAGGUUAGUCGGAAGAUUGAUUUAUUUAACCAUUACUCGUCCAGACAUAAUGUAUUCAGUCCAAGUUCUCAGUCAGUUUAUGCAAUUGCCACGAACGACACACUAUGAAGCAGCACUUAGAGUAUUGAAGUAUUUGAAGGCAUCACCAGCAAAAGGAAUAUUUUUAUCAUCAUCAAGUGAAAAACAAUUGAGGGCUUACUGUGACUCAGAUUGGGCAAGCUGUCCUACCACUCGUAAAUCAGUAAGUGGAUAUAUUGUGUUUUUGGGGAAUAGUCCUAUCUCUUGGAAGUCAAAGAAGCAAUCUACUAUUGCGAGAUCUUCAGCUGAAGCAGAAUACCGAGCAAUGACUUUAACAACUUGUGAAGUUGUUUGGUUCUUGGCACCAACCCCAAGUAGCCAAACGGUCACCAUAAAGACUGAGACGAGGCGCUCAGCCGUGCAGUUCAAGCAGCUUCCGGGCAGCAGCAAUGGUGAUUGCCAGAUUCCGGCCCCUGCUAGGCCUUGCACGGACGAGUCGCCUGCGAUCGACGCCUUGGAAGCCGCUUUGAGGUACCGCGGCUUCUACAUUUGCACUACCAGGAAGCAUGCUUGA